CUGAGGGCCGCGAGCCACACUACUGCUAUCUGAAAAGCGAAAACUUUCCGGUUGCAAAAACAAAGCUUUCCUCGGCAGCAGGAGAGCCACUGGCGCGCACCGCGGCGUUGAUCAGGCCAGCGGCGGCCACACCCCACGAGCAAGCUAGCUAGCAACAAGGGGGAAGCGACCCGGCAAGGGGGGCGCAGGCCGCGGCCGGCCGGCCGGCGGCGCCGCAUGUGGCCACUGGGCGGCCGCGCCGUCGCUGUCCGACCCGCUCGCGGACGGCAUCUCGCGGAGCGCGGGGACAAGAGUUCUUCCCCCCAUCCAUGAGGCAACCAUGCUCGUGCUCAUCAACAAAUACCUCAGGAGCAAGAACCCCGCGGGAGGAGGGGGAGGCGGCGGCGGCGACGAGAUGGCGCCGACGGCGUCCAACGGGGCGGAACGCGAUCGCGAUCGCGACCUCUACCUGUGCCUGCCCGGCUGCGUGCCGGUGCGCGCCAAGCGGGGGGCGGCCGCGGCGGCGGCGGCGACGGUCACCACCACGGCUCGGACUUCGCGGCAUAACUUCGUCAAAACCGCGGCGUCGGGCCUGCUCGCGGGGGCGCACUUCACCAACCACGAGUCGCUCCCGGCGCUGCCCGACGCCUACGCCGAGUUCGCCGCCGCGUUCCCGCUGUACGGCGCGCUCGCGCGCGCCGACACCAUCCGGGGCGAGGAGUACCAGCACCUGGACCGCCACGUGUGCCUGGACUACACCGGCAUCAACCUCUUCUCCCACGCGCAGAUGAACUCGUCCCUGCCGUCCACGUCGUCGUCCGCGGCGCCGUCCGUCGCGUGGCAGCCGCCCUUCUUCGACAUCGCGUACAAGUCCGCGAGCCUGCGGGCGCAGGUGCAAUGCGAGGACGCCGCGGCAGGCAUCGGCGCCGCCGUGACGAGGCGCAUCAUGGCGUCGCUCAAGAUCCCCGAGGACGAGUACACCAUGGUGUGCACGGCGAACCGGACCACCGCGUUCCGGCUCCUGGCCGAGUCCUACUCGUUCCAGUCCGGCAGGCAGCUGCUCCCAGUGUACGACUACGAGAGCGAGGCCGUGGCCGCCAUGGCCGAGAGCGCGCGACGCCGAGGCGCCGAGGUCACGUCCGCGAGCUUCGCCUGGCCGAGCAUGAGGAUCCACGGCACCGACCUCCGCAAGAAGCUGGCCCGUGGCCGGCGGCGCGGGGGGCGGCGCGGGCUCUUUGUGUUCCCGCUGGCCUCCCGCAUGACGGGCGCCAGGUACCCGUACCUGUGGAUGAGCGCGGCGCACGAGCAGGGGUGGCACGUGGCGCUGGACGCGUGCGCGCUCGGCACCAAGGACCUCGACACGUUCGGGCUCUCCCUCAUCCGCCCGGACUUCAUCGUCUGCAACUUCUUCAAGGUGUUCGGCGAGAACCCCUCCGGCUUCGCGGGGCUCUUCGUCAAGAGGUCCAGCCUCGCCGCGCUGGAGCGAUCCGUGAUCGCGCGUAGCAUCGGGAUCGUCAGCAUCGUGCCCGCACGCCGCUGGUCGCUCCACGACGGCUACUCCACCGAGCUGGAGCACUCGCGCAGCUUCCCCAAGCUCGCCGACCCGGCGCUGGACGACGCCGACGUCGAGACCACCAGCUCCUUCUCCGGCCCGCUCAGCUCUACCGCCAUCACUCGCAGCAGGAACCUGCAGCCCGACGCCGCGGAGAACGGCGACGCCCCGGAGAUCCGCGAGGUCGACGCGGCGGAGUUCAGCGGCUUCUACGCGGACGAGCUGAGAGAACAGAACGCGGGCGGCCAUGAAACAGAGCAGCUCGCCAAGGACGAAUGGGAGAGCGUGAUGGAGGUGGAGUGCCGGGGCCUUGACCACGCCGACGCGCUGGGGCUCAUCGCCAUCGGCAAUCGGCUGCGUUGCAUCAGCAACUGGCUGGUGGUGGCCCUGCAGAAGCUGCGGCACCCGCACGCCGAGAGCGGCCACCAGCUGGUGAGGCUGUACGGCCCGCGCGUCAAGUUCGACCGGGGGCCGUCGCUGGCCUUCAACGUGUUCGACUGGAAGGGCGAGCGGGUGGCGCCGCCGCUGGUGCAGAAGCUCGCCGACCGCCACAACAUCUCCCUCACCUGCGGCUUCCUGCGCAACAUCUGGUUCUCCGACAAGUACGAGGCCGACAGGGCCGCCGUCCUCGAGCACAGGGCCGCCACCGGCGACGAGGGCGCCGUGGUCACGCCAGGCAAGAGGAGGAAGGACGCCGGCGGCGACGUGGGGAUCCUGGUGGUGAACGCGUCGCUGGGGUUCCUCAGCAACUUCGAGGACGCGUACAGGCUGUGGGCGUUCGUGGCCAAGUUCUUGGACGCCGACUUCGUGGAGAAGGAGAGGUGGAGGUACACCGCGCUCAACCAGAAGACGGUCGAGGUGUAGGGCAGCAGAUUGCAGCCGACACCUUCAGCUCAGCUUGGCACAUUGGUACGGUUCCAGUUCACUGUAAAGCAGCAUUCUUUAGGGAUCAGCUCGGCAGUGUGAGUGUGUGCUGUGCUCUUCCUUCCAGCCAUUCUUUCAGUGUAAACUGUA